UUGUUUCAACAGUUUGUUUAAUCUCAAACUGUUUUUACUCUCUGGUAAGUCGGACACUAGUAUCUCUAACUCUAUCUUUUCUCUGUGGAUAUGUCAGUUUGUCUGUGUGCUUUAGGGUUCUUGAAUUUGUGAUAACGGAUAAAUUCGAAUUUUGGGCAAGAGGUGCUCAGAAAAAGAAAGAAAAAGGAAAAAUAAACACACCCUUUAAAUACAGCCAGGUUUCUUUCUGAGAAUAGCAAGUGAACAUGAAAUGCUAUCCAGUGGGGUUAUGAGGGUAUAAUCUCAAUUUCCUUCAAAGGGUUUGUGCAUAUAUAGUUCAUUUUGAAAUAUGGCAUCAUCUCAUAGUAAUACUCACACUGAAGCAGCCAAACUGGAACAAAUUAUCACUGAAUUCUUUGCUAAAAGUCUUCACAUAAUAUUGGAGUCGAGGGCUCCUUUUGUGUCAUCUCGUAAUUAUAGUGGUGAACAAGGUAUAUUGUCUCCAUCUUCGUCUUCAUCAUCCUCCUCAGGUGUAAGGCCAAGAGAUAAAUGGUUCAAUUUAGCACUUAGGGAAUGCGCGGCUGCACUUGAGAAUGUUGAUAUCUGGCGCCAGAGCAAUAAAGAACCUUUGGUUGUUGAUGUAAUUUUAGUGCAGAGGCCACUUGAUUGGGACCCUGUUAAUUGUUCCCCAAAAAAGGAUUUUGACAGGAAUCUUUCAAAUAAGGAACAUUAUCCUUUUAGUUGGAAUUCAGAUCAGGAAGAAUUAGGAUGUGAGGGUAAGGGUGAACAAAUUUUAGAGCGAUGGAUAAUUCAAUAUGAGAGUAGGAGGUCAAGGGAUAAUGGUUGGGGAAGUAGGAGAUCAAACAAUACUUUGCAUAUGUUGUAUAAGAAAUCAAUAUUGCUGUUGAGGUCUUUGUAUGUUACUGUCCGGCUUUUACCUGCGUAUAGGAUUUUCCGUGACCUCAAUGCAUCUGGACAGAUUGGCACAUUUACUCUUACUCAUAGGGUUUCUUCUUUUUUUGAGCCCUUCACUCGCAGGGAAGAGGCUGAAAUGCAGCGAUUUGUGUUUACUCCUGUGGAUACUUCUUGUGGUAGGCUUUGCCUCUCAGUGAUGUAUCGUUCAUCACCCUUGGAUGUAAGCUCUGAAUCAUCAACUCCAAUGUCCCCACAGUUUAUCCCUGAUUAUGUUGGAAGCCCAUUGGCAGACCCACUGAAAAGGUUCGAAUCUCUUCCUGUGUCAAAAGGUUCUCCAUCAUCCUUGCCUUUCUCAAGACGGCAUAGUUGGAGUUAUGACCUUUAUAAAACAUCUCCACCUUCAAUUUCUUUCUCACCAUCUCCCACUCAUUCAGAAUCGCAUGCAUUGAUUUCUAAUCCCAGUUCCUGUCGCAUCCCGCCAAUGAACUUGCCCCCUCAUCCGCCUGAAACUUCUUCAGUUCAUAAGAAGAACAUGAGCUUUGAUGAGUGUAGUCCUUCCCCUAACUUUACACCUUCCCCAUCCCCAUCACCUCCUAUCUAUAUUCCUGGGAGUCACCUUUCCAAGGCUCUUUUGCGUUCUGAAAGUGCACCAGUUGGCAUACCUGUAGGCAAACUUGCUAGUUCCCCUGUGUUUUCCAACAAGCCAAAUGUGCCUCCAUCACCUCCCUUCCAAAGUAUCAGAUCUGGUAUUCCUAAAAUUGAUUCAAGUACAGGUUUUGUUCAGACUGAAGCAUCAGUUGAGAAGUUGUUCUCUCUUGGAAAAGAUGACAUUAGAAAGUAUUCGGGGAUAAAGAUAUCAUCCAAUAUUUCCCCACAAAUUUCAUUUUCCAGAAGUUCCAGCAGGUCUUUUCAGGAUGAUUAUGAUGAUCCUGACUUUCCUUGUCCAUUUGAUGUGGAGGAGGAUGAGAUGACAGAUCCAGGGAGCAGGCCUGAAUCAUUUGAUCAACAAGGGCAUUUAUGUGAUCCACUUGAGCCAGGAGGGCUCUUUCCAAUUAGAAAAUCACAGGAUGCUGCUGUUGGUGCUCUUGUACGUAUGCUGAAGAAAGCACCACCACUACGCCAGGAUUUCUCCACACAAGUUAAUUUGUCACAAGAACCCAGUUCCAAAUUCAGCAGCAGCAGCCUCCAAGAGCAUUGUGGAUCACCUGCAGCUCAGCAGGCUUCUUCAAGUAUAGUGUCUUCAGGUCUUGUUUCAUCAAAGACGACAGCUGAUGCACUGGAAGAACUUCGAGGUUACAAAGAGAUGAUGAAAGACUUGUUGCUUAGUCAAGCUGGUAGGUCUGACGUGUCUGCUAAUCCCUCUUCGAUGCGAAAGCCUACAAGCAGCAGUCCAGCUGGUUUUUGAACUCUUGUUGAUAGUUGCAUAUAUAUAUGUACAGCAUAAUGGUUUAAGAUGUUAUUUAUGUUAUACAGAUGAAUGCUCUAUAACCCCAUUUCUUUUGUAUAUAUGAGGUGAUAUGAAUGGGGUUCGUAAAUGUUGAAGGGUUAUUAUUAGCUUUUUGGUAGGUAAGUUCUCUACUUUGCCUAUAACUGCUUAAAAUAUUGAGGUUGGCUUUUCAGCCAUGCAUCAAUGAUAUAUUUCUCUUUUUUGGCGCAA